AUGGCUGAGGCAAUGGAAAACGGAACUGGCACUGACAAGAAGGUGAUGGUGGCCAUUGAUGAAAGCGAUUGCAGUCACUAUGCUCUCAUGUGGGUUCUUGACAACCUCAAAGACUCCAUAACCAAGUCUCCCUUGAUCAUCUUCGUGGCUCAGCCUCCUGCCACCGGAAAUAUCACAUUUGCUGCGCCUCUCGGCGUUGCUCGCAUGUAUUACCCUAUUUCAUCCACUCCGGGUUAUGUUGAAUCUGCCCAGGAGAAUCAUAGGAAGUUUGCGGUGGCUCUAUUGGAGAAAGCUAAACAGAUAUGUGCUAGUCAUGGGGUAGAGGCAAAGGUCGUUACAGAGAUUGGAGAUCCUAAAACAGCCAUAUGUGAUGCUGUUGAAAAACACAACAUCAAUUUGCUUAUUCUAGGGGAGCGUGGACAUGGAACAAUCAAAAGAGCCAUACUUGGCAGUGUCAGCAACUACUGCGUUCAAAAUGCCAAGUGCCCCGUUCUGGUUGUGAAGAAAGCACAAGUUCAAGUUGCUUGA